AUGAAUGAGAAACUUGACUACCCGGUGCAACAAUUUAAAGCGCAAGAGUCUUUAAGCAAGCUUAAGGUUCCUGAAUCUGGUGCGAAAAUAGAAGUAAGGAAUUGUAGCUUAGAAGAGGACGAUAAACUUUCCAAAGUUAUGGUACAAUGUUUCAAAGAAUGUAUUGAUGAGAAUGGUGGAUUUUCCGAAAGUGCACCAAAUGUAUACGAUGAGAUCAAAGAAGCAGUGUACAAAAUGUAUUCAAAGCUUCUGUCCAAGGGCUAUGAAAUCGUGGGUGCACACAAAAGAUGUGUCUUUCUUCAUAUACAGUGUUCUUCGCUGACGUCAUUUAUGUCAUAUUUUCAAGACUAUGUCAGUGGACAACUUUCUCUUGAUUUGCAAGAAAUAGAGGGCGCUAUUAGAACGCUUGACGGAUGUGAAGAUAUAGCGUUGGAAAUUGUAAUAAACACUGAGGAAUUUCUGGAAACAAUUGUUACAACAGUUUCCGAGUUUAUGAAAGCCGAGGGAAUUCUAACAAAGACAGCAGAAGAAGAUAUCCAAUCAAAAGGAAAAUAUACUGAAAAGAAGUCAGGUAAUUUGCAAAGAGAUUCAGUUUCCAUGUCAUCACCAUUAGAAGUUGAAUAUAUCCAACAAAACAGAGAAUCAGUUGUUGAUAGAAGAAUAGACUGUGCAGAGCAAAGUAUCCAGGACGACGCUGCAGGUUUCAAAACUUCGUUGGCAAGCACAAACUUUAUUGGUAAAUACGCUUUGUUUCUUGGCAUCAUCAUGGUCAUUGCGGCUUUAUGCAGCAUGUGUUUCACAACAGUCAUAUGGGUACAUCCGGAUACAGCACCAGAGACCCAAAAAACGUGGGUACAUCCGGAUACAGCACCAGAGACCCAAAAAACGGAG